GCGACCUCAAGCGCGCGGACGAGAUUUUCAAUAAAUGGCGAGCGCGUCUGGUGACCAACGGCCAGUUGCACUGAUUACCGGCACCACAGCCGGUUGCGGUGCGAAACGUAAUUGUUGUCCGACGAGACAGUCUCGCGCUUGCCGCCGUUACGCAUCAUAUUUAUUACAACAGUAAUCGUUUCGGUUCGAACGACGAUCCCUCCGCCUGUGAAACGAACGAACGAACGAAGGCUGAAGGACCAACUGGAGACCGAGAGGAGCUUAUUGCGAAAAUAACGAAACGAUGAAGUCCCCCGGGCCUGAUCGGCCGCCGCUCACGAUGCUCACAAUGUUGUCCCUGGUCGUCGCUUCGGCAGCAGCCCUGAACACGGCGUAUCGGGAGACAUACACGGACGACGCGGUCAUAAUAGAAGCGUAUCCAGUGGAUCAGACACUCAACCUUAACAACAACAGUCCUACGAGCGGUAGUAACAUUGAUGCCUUCAGGACAAGGAGGACGAAAAGACAGAAUUCGUGGUCGAUGGUGUCGGGUCCGUGUCUAACGAGCAGAGGCACACUGGGCAAGUGUACGAGCUUCCGAUUAUGUUAUCCGUACAUCAAAUUUUCUGAUUAUCAAACAUGGGACUCGUGGGUAAUGGGCAUGUACGACACGUGCACGUAUAUAAGUCAUGACCACAGACAGGUGUUCGGCGUGUGUUGCGAUCACCCAAGUAUCAUUGGCGAAAGUCACAAAGAGGACGGAAGACCUCCACAGCCGCCGGCCAUGGCUGUGCCGCCGAAUUGGCCACCACCGUUACCGACACACCCUCCGGAUCAUACUAUACCACCAGUACCAACUCACCCGCCGUCCACAACAUUAGCACCCACUUAUAAGCCGAUGCCACCGUCUUCAGCAAAACCUCCGAUGAAACCACCGACUAUACCGCCGUGGCCGCCACAACAAAACUUCAACACCACCACCUCAACCACAAUGACUAUCACCUCCACUACCAAUAAGCCAACUAACGUGAACAACGAAGACGACGGAUAUGGAUCUCAGUGUGGCUUGAAGAACGGUCCUCAGGAUCAAGAGAGGAUUGUCGGUGGUCAAAACGCGGACCCUGGAGAAUGGCCAUGGAUCGUGGCUAUAUUUAAUGCAGGUAGACAUUUUUGCGGAGGAUCUCUGAUCGACGACACGCACGUGUUAACUGCUGCUCAUUGCGUUGCUCAUAUGAGUUCGUGGGACGUGGCCCGUUUGACCGCAAAUUUGGGAGAUUAUAAUAUCAAAAGCAAGUCAGAUACAAAACAUUUGGAAAGGAAAAUCAAAAGAGUAGUCCGGCACAAAGGUUUCGAUCAAAGAACUCUGUAUAAUGACAUCGCGCUCUUGACUUUGGACAAACCCGUGAAGUUCUCCAAACAAGUGCAUCCGAUAUGUUUGCCGAUAGGUAGAUCUAUGUACGCCGGACAAACUGCCACUGUCAUUGGUUGGGGCAGCUUGAGAGAGAGUGGCCCACAACCAGCGGUUUUGCAAAAAGUUAAUGUACCGGUAUGGACAAAUCAAGAGUGCAAGUAUAAGUAUGGAGCCGCAGCUCCAGGUGGAAUUGUAGACCAUUUCUUAUGCGCUGGAAAAGCGGCCAGAGACUCGUGCAGCGGUGAUAGCGGAGGUCCUUUGAUGCUUAACGACGGUAAAUGGACCCAAGUAGGAAUUGUCAGUUGGGGAAUAGGUUGUGGAAAAGGCCAGUAUCCAGGAGUAUACACCAGAGUAACAAGUUUUAUGAAUUGGAUAACAAAAAACUUGAAAACGUAAAUCAGUAUUAUACAGAUAAUGUACCGUGUUCAUGUAUUUUGGUUAAUUAUUUGAUU